CUACUUUGCGUACGUCUACUACGCGGGCGGCCAGUGGAGCUUCGUGUGCUGCCUGGUCGCGGGCUUUGGCUGCUACUCCCUGGGGGGCCACGACGUGUGCCUCCUGUGGGGUCCGGCCAUCUUCAGCCAGAACUACAAGGAGGUCGGCCAGCUGACGUUCGCCAUCAUCUUCCGCAGCGUCUUCGACGCCCUCAUGGAUGUGUGUUUCAACACCUUCCCCCGCGACACAGUGGUCAGGGAGAUGCGAGAGAUGUGCUGGGACUUUCAUGCGAAUGGCGGGGCGAAGGCUGGCCUGAUUCUGCAAGUCUUGGAUGAGCUCCAGAGUUGCGAAGGUCACGCGAUGGAAGAGUACCCAGGAAACUUGAAGCAGGCAAAGCAGCUCUUCCUCAGGGUAAAGGACAUCCUCGAGGAGACCAAGUCGGACAAAGUACUAUCGCGGGGCAGGCGCGUCGCUUUCAACUACGAGCUCUUGUCGGCUGUGCUCCCCUUGCUGGAGCAGAUGUUGCGCGAGUUUGACAUCGUGCUCUUAGUCUUGCAAGACUGCAAUUUCAUGUCGUUUGAUAUCGAUGUUUCCGCAAGCAUUAUGCACACAAUCUGGGACAAACACGCGCACGCUCUUUCCCUCAAGAUGAGAAUGGCGAUGCAGUUGCUCCAGAAAGCCCUCGAAAAGACUGGCGCCCACCGCGUCCACUGCAGGCUGAACGACGGCUUCGGGUACGACCUGAAGCGCGACGGGUAUUCCGAAGUCGACAGAAGUCCCGGCACCUGGGUCGUCGAGCGGUCGAUCUCGAACAUGUUCUUCCUCUGCGAGGAGAUCCAGGACGCCGUCGUCCGCCUCGGCGGCCUCUCGGUGGCGCCCCGCACGCGGUGCGAGAGAGCGGCAAGCCGCCGAGGCUUCGAGGGGGCGAGUGCUGCACAGGAGCCGCCGCAGCCUUGA